AUGUACAAUGAAGACAUUUCAGUCAUCCAAAGCAAAGAUCCUCUUCUAGUGACAAGUUACGCACUCAGGACCGUGAAUGUAACAACUGGUGGUCCUUAUUUGACGGUGGUUCCUGGAGUGAACCAAUACUUACCUAGGUAUAAAGUUGUCAUACCAAACGGAUGGAACAAUCACUACAUUGCUGUUAUGAUCAGAAGAUGUGCUGUUGGUGGUUUGCGACUAAAUAAAGAAUCAAUUGACGCCAAUACAAUUAGAAUUGAGAAAAAUGUGUUCGUUGAAAAUUUCGAGUACUCGGUCAUUGUAGCAGAAGUAACAGAAGGUGAAAUGACCUUGGAAUCGACAGAUGACACACCGUUUGGUUUAAUGGUGUAUGGUUAUCGAGAAAACAAUGGAUACGGCUUUGCCGGGAACGCCCUUCUUGGAUGA